UAUCCAAGAACCAACCCAAUGCUAAAGCGAACACGCAAAGAGCUUCCGCUCCUACGCCAAAGGCACCCGCGCCUGCGGCAAAGGCACCCGCGCCUGCGGCUACCAAAUCAACGGGGUCUAAGAAAGUCACCAAUCCGUAUGCCCUGGGCCCGAAUCCGGAUGAGUCAUGGCAGCCAUCCGCCUUCAAACGCAAGCCCACAGUGUACGAACUGAUGGACCGACACUUCACGAGCCGUCACCAUGACUACGCACACCCCGGCAAGACCCACAAGCUCAUGGAAGCUAUCAUCCACCACCUACACGACACCAAGAUCGACCUCAGUGUGCAUAUCAUGCCAGAAGAAGUCAUCCAGCCGCACGACUGUGUCAUGCGCAAAGACAGCCGCGGCAGGAGGCGCAAGCUGUGCACAACCACACCCACACGCACUCAAAGCAAACACAGAUCACUACCCAAGGACGGGCACUCGGCACACCAAGGAGGUCAUCGAGUUCCCCCUUUGCCGCUUGACCUUGUCACGUUGUAUUGCAUGGUUAGUAUCAAGGGCGGGGCAGAGGCUGUCAACGGCGUAGAGGAUGACAAGGGCUGGGCGGAGAUAUUGGAUGUCAUGAUCGAUAG